CCCUGAUAUGAUGCAGCUGACAGAGCACAAGCAAAGUGAACACCACCCACAACUGAAUCUGGGCUCAAGAGAAAAACCAAUGAAAGAGCACUGGAAGCUCCAUUUCAGUAACAGAGUCUGAAAUAACACUGUGGAAUUACAUCUUAAAAUGACGAAUCAGUGUCUUCAAGGGGAUGACAGGCACUACCCGUGCAAAGACUCGCCAUUACCUGCAGGGCAGAUUGCUGCUGAGAUGCUGGGGGUCGUCUGCCUCGUCUUGGUGUUUGCCGUAGUAAAAACCAGAGUCCUUAUUCUUUAUACUAUAAUGCCGGAGCAGGAUAAUUUCUCAUCAUUUACAACGAAACAAGUUCAGAAUUGUUCUUUGGCAUCCCAUUGUGGCUCUUGUCCAAACGAGUGGUUUACCUAUGCCAACAACUGCUAUUACAUCAGCAAUGAAAAAAAAUCCUGGAAUGAGAGCGUGACGGCCUGUGCGUCUAAGAACUCUCACCUGCUCUACAUAGAUCACGAGGAAGAAAUGAAAUUUCUUAGAUCCAUAUCACUCCUCUCAUGGACUGGAGUCUCCCGUAAAAACAAUGACCAUCUGUGGAUGUCAAUAAAUGGUUCAAUUUACAAACAAAAGAUAACAGAUUUGACAUCUGACAAGUAUAACUGUGCUAAGUUGACCUCAUCCGGCCUUGGAGCAGAUCUUUGUGAAUAUCCAAGUAUUUAUUGUUGCAAACAUAGACUUUAGGUUAACAGAGACAUUUUUGGAUU